AUGGCAGAGUCAGAAGUAGUGGAAUUGGAUUUGACGAUCGAUGAUUUAGUUCCAAAAAGCCCAGAAAGACUGGCAGAGGAAAAAAAGGAAAGUGGUAACCAUUUAUAUAAAUUUAAAAAUUAUAAAGGUGCAUUAGCUAUGUACGAUGAAGCUAUAAGGUUAUGUCCAGACAAUGCUGCAUAUUAUGGGAACAGAUCUGCUUGCUACAUGAUGUUGGGCAUGUAUAAGAAAGCUUUAGAAGAUGCUCAAAAAGCCGUUGCCCUAGAUGAAGCAUUCACAAAGGGUUACAUUCGUGUUACAAAAUGUUGUAUUGCACUAGGUGACUUAUCUGGUGGGGAGCAGGCAGCUCAGCGAGCCAGUGAACUAGGUGGACCAGAUUGUGUAACAAGUGAACGACGAGCACUAGAAUCAUUGCGCCGAUUGCAUGAAGAUGCGCAACGUGCACUGGAUGCUGGUGAUCAUCGCCGUGUUGUAUUUUGCAUGGACCGCUGCCUUGAUUAUAGCCCUUCAUGCACCAAGGCAAAACUUAUAAAAGCAGAAUGCUUGGCUAUGCUGGGUCGUUGUCAGGAGGCACAGGAAAUUGCAAAUGACUGCCUGAGAUCAGACAGCUUUGACACUGAGGCUAUUUUUGUUCGCGGACUAUGCCUUUAUUUUGAGGACAAAGAUGAACAAGCUUUCAAACAUUUCCAACAAGUUUUACGAUUGGCACCUGAUGACAAGAAAGCAAGGGAAAUAUACAAAAAAGCAAAGCUUCUAAAACAGAAAAAAGAAGAAGGUAAUGAAGCAUUCAAAAUGGGCCGAUGGCAGCAAGCACUGACUCUGUACAACGAGGCGCUGACCAUCGACAAGAACAAUAGAACGGUUAACGCAAAGUUAUACUUCAAUAAAGCGACUGUGUGCGCAAAACUGAAUCAAAUCAAGGAAGCGGCCGAAGCUUGCACGGCUGCUUUGGAGCUGGACGAAAACUACGUCAAAGCGCUACUACGGCGCGCCAAGUGCUAUACCGAGCUCGGAAUGUUCGAAGAGGCGGUGAAGGAUUACGAGAAACUUUACAAAAUCGACAAAAGCAAAGAAAACAAACAGCUAUUGCACGAAGCCAAAACUGCGCUGAAAAAAUCUAAACGCAAAGACUAUUAUAAAAUACUUGGGGUCGAGAAAACAGCUUCGGAAGACGACAUCAAAAAAGCUUACAGGAAACGCGCAUUGGUGCACCACCCGGACAGGCACGCGGACGCGUCGGACAACGAGCGGCGUGAGCAGGAGCGUCGCUUCAAGGAGGUGGGCGAGGCGUACGGCGUCCUCAGCGACCCCAAGAAACGCGCGCGCUACGACCACGGCCAGGACUUGGACGACGGCUGCAGCGGCGCCGAUAUCGACCCCAACGUCGUAUUCCAAACAUUCUUCAACCGUAACCAGAACCACUUCGACUUCCAGACUGGAGGAUUCCCUGGAUCUACAUUUAAUUUCCAAUUUGGC